AUGUCUCUUGGCCCCAGUGUCAGCGAGCGAGUGCUACCUACACUCAACCGAGCCAUGACCAAAGUGCGAGACUUUGGACGGCGAUUGAGCCACGACUUCGACACGAGCCAGAUCUUGGAUGCGUUGGCACACAUGAACUCGUCCCACAAGGCCAAGCUCGCCGAGAGCCAGAAAUCGUUUGUGUUGUCUCUGCAUUCGCCAUGGAAACCGUACUGGGACGUCCUGCAAGCCGUCGCCGCCGUCUACGCCAUCGUGCUGACUCCUCUCCAGCUCGCGUUUCACGUCUGUGACAUCGUGCCCGCCCUCUUCGUGAUUCAAGUCGUGGUCGACACACUAUUUGUCGACUCGGUCCUGCACUUCAACACGACCUUCAUUGACGCCAACUCGAUGGAGGAAGUGUUUAACCGACGCCACGUCUUCCGGCAUUACCUCGUCGGCGCGUUCGUCACGGAUUGGUUCACAAGCGUCCUGCUGUCGUAUUUCGGCCACGUGUCACCGUACAUUGAGUGCCUCCGGUUCGGCAUUCUCUGCCGGGUACUGAAGCCCAUGCACAUCAACCGCGGCAUCGUGCGCUUGGUGUAUUUGGCUGUGGGGUACAUAAUGGUACAUCACUACAUAGCGUGUGCGUACAUCGUAGUGACUAUCAGCGAAGCCGGCAACGGCACCACGCGGUGGGACUCUGCAAGUGACUUGCCUAAUUCGGUGGCCGACCAGUACUUUCACGCGUAUUACGAAGCGAUUACGGUCACGGGCGGCGAGUCCAUGCAGCCCACGACGUCCCACGAAUGGUACGUAUACAAAACCCAAAUCUAUGACGUGGCGCCGCCACCACAACCCACCAUCCUGACGACGGCGGCGAUGCAUUCAAAUAGCACGGUGGGGCUGUGCGCAGGGGUAUUUGCCCAGAUCCACCACGUCGAAGACGACUGUGUCCAGCGCACCGACGCCAUCCAUGCCAAGCUGAAAAACUGCCACGUCGAACCAGCCGUCCAGAGUGGGAUUUUGGACUAUUACGGCUGCACCAAGGGCGAAGAGGACGUGUACAACGCGCUGAGCUGCUCGCGGACCUGCCGACGACGCUGA